GGGCAGCCUGGGCCUCAAGACUUGUCUGUUCGCAGGCCACAGACAUCUCGAGUGGGAGCAUAGACAUGGCCCACAGUGCAGAGGGAGAUGCAGCCAGCCCCGAGGUGUCCCAGGAACUGCUGGAAGAAAUGAUUUCGCUUUUUCGUGCAGAAGAUGCGGCUCCUUGGAAUUAUUCCAUGCUGGUGCUGGCGGUCCUGGUGGUGGUGGUGAGCAUGACCCUCCUGAGGAGGAGCAUCCUGGCAAACAGAAAUCGAAAGAAGCAGCCACAAGACAAAGAAGCGCCAGAAGACCUGUGUCCAGACGAUCCCCAAACAAAAGAAAACAGCAGCCUGAGCAACCUAAGAGAGACACUGAUCUCAGAGAAGCCAGACUUGGCCCCGGGGGACCCUGAGUUGAACGGGAAAGACACAGCACUGGUCUUUCUACCAAACCCUCAGGAAUCCGAGAGCUAGGGAGCACUGAGAGGAUGCGCUACCCCAGACUGUGAUCUGAGCCCAGCUCUGAGGCCUCAAACCCUCAAGUUAGACAUUGCCCACUCCCAAGCAGCAUAACUUAUUUUUAGGAGACACAAUAAACAAACUGCAAUUAGACGAAAAUUCGUUAUUUAAAAAAAAUUUUUUUUAUUAAAAUGCUUCUCCAGGUGGGUAGUGGGAUUGUGUAGUUGGUUCAAACAGUAGUGUUGUACUAAGCACACACAAGUGGCUUUGCAUCAAAAGU